CUUAAUUAAAAACGAAUUUAAAGAGUGAAGUUAAGUGUGACGUUGUUUGCUAGCAUGCGCGUGGAGGCAGCAGAUCUCCCUAAAGUACGCUCGAAAAAAGAGCGGUUUGUGAAUUCGCACUGACAUAAAAGGAAACAGCAUCCAACGACGCCGUAUUGUCAAGGUAUCCCCACCACCCGCGAGGUUUAAUGGCCGCACCACCGGCAAGGGCGCGAGCGGAUUACGACUGUCUUAUCAAGCUUCUCCUCAUCGGCGACAGCGGUGUAGGCAAGAGUUGUCUUCUGUUGCGAUUUUCUGAUGGUUCCUUCACGACUAGUUUCAUUACCACCAUCGGAAUUGAUUUUAAGAUAAGAACUGUUGAACUCGAUGGCAAACGAAUCAAGCUCCAAAUAUGGGAUACAGCUGGUCAAGAACGAUUCAGAACAAUCACUACAGCUUACUACCGUGGAGCAAUGGGCAUAUUGCUUGUCUAUGAUGUCACUGAUGAGGCAUCCUUUAACAACAUUAGGAACUGGAUUAGAAACAUCGAACAGCAUGCUUCCGACAAUGUCAACAAGGUAUUGGUAGGAAACAAAGCUGACAUGGAUGAAAGCAAGAGGGCUGUUCCUACCUCCAAGGGUCAAGCCCUGGCGGAUGAGUAUGGGAUAAAAUUCUUUGAAACCAGUGCUAAAACCAAUCAUAAUGUGGAAGAAGUUUUCUUCUCUAUAGCGAGGGACAUAAAGCAAAGGCUUUCAGAGACAGAAAACAAAUCAGAGCAACCGUCUACAAUCAAGAUGAAUCAAGCGGAUGGAGCUGGUGGAGGUGGGCAAGCUGCACCCAAGUCAGCUUGCUGUGGUUGAAUGCAUGCAACUGCAAGGUACAAAGGCUGGGGGCAGUCAUGGACCUGUUGUGGUGAAAAUGCAUCAGUCAUCCUCAGCGAUUUUUCUGUUUCGGUUAUGCAUUGUUAUUAGGGUUGUUUCAUUGGAAGAGGUUAAAUUGAGUUUUGCUCCUAAAUUUGAUUACAUCUAGCCGUCACUGCAGGGUUCACAUUUUCUCUGCAUGAUUCUGUUUUGACGUUGAAUGUUAGAUAAAUUCCUACAGAGAUACUUGGCCUCUGUGUUCAAGCAAGCAAAAGAGGAUCACUGAGUUAGUGACUGUAAUCGUUUAUAGUAAUCCUUUAUUUUUGUACAA